AUUAUUUUGCAAGGCUGCUGGGAGUUUUUAAGCUGUGUGAGAAUCCUGGGAGUUGGUGAUGUCAGACUGGUUGGGUCAUUUGAAGGUUAGCAGCCUGGGAAGGGUUCAUAGAAAGUUCACUCGCAUAUAUUAAGCAAUUCAAUCUUUCAUUCUGUGUGACACAAGUAGUAGGAAGUGAGCUGUUCGCAGGCAGAAGGAUCUAUUCACUGGCAAAGGGGGAUCCAGCGCUCCCAGCAAAGCCUGUUUUCUCAGCAAAACUUUGAGGAUUCGCAGGAUACAACAGAUACUCUCUCUUCGAGGAAACCCUGAGAGACACAGAGGCUUCGGACAACAUUCAGGGAGCAGAUGGAUAAGAAGUGAAACUUGGAAUGCUGUUUGUUUCCCCCUCUUAUUCUGCGGGAUUGGCUGAACACAGCCUGGAAAAAUGGUAAAUGAUCAUUUGGAUCAAUUACAGGCUUUUAGCUGUGUUGCCUGUCAUAAUUCAUGAUUCUGGUCUGGGAAAAAGACCAACAGCCUGCGUGCCAAAAAAGGGGGCAGAGUUUGAUGGAGUUGGAUGUACUUUUAUAUGCCAUUUUCCUUCCACACCUAGAGGAAGGCACUUUUGCAGACAUACUGUAGAGGGGGGAAUCAUGUUUGACUGUAUGGAUGUGCUAGCAGUAAGCCCUGGUCAAAUGCUGGAUUUCUACACUGCAAGUCCGUCUUCCUGCAUGCUCCAGGAGAAGGCUCUGAAAGCAUGCUUCAGUGGAUUGGCACAAACAGAGUGGCAGCACCGGCGCAGUGCUCAAUCAAUUGAAACUCAGAGCACCAGUUCUGAGGAACUUGUUCCCAGCCCGCCUUCUCCACUUCCUCCCCCUCGUGUAUACAAGCCUUGUUUUGUUUGUCAGGACAAAUCUUCUGGCUAUCACUAUGGUGUCAGUGCAUGUGAAGGAUGUAAGGGUUUUUUCCGCAGAAGCAUUCAGAAGAACAUGGUUUAUACAUGUCACCGAGAUAAGAACUGUGUUAUUAAUAAAGUCACUAGGAAUCGCUGCCAGUACUGCAGACUACAGAAGUGCUUUGAAGUGGGAAUGUCCAAAGAAUCUGUCAGAAAUGACAGGAACAAAAAGAAGAAGGAGCCUUUGAAGCAGGAGCUUAUGGAGAACUAUGAAAUGACAGCUGAGUUGGAUGAUCUCACAGAGAAAAUCCGGAAAGCCCACCAGGAAACUUUUCCUUCACUCUGCCAGCUGGGUAAAUACACUACGAACUCUAGCGCAGAUCAUAGAGUUCGACUGGACCUUGGGCUUUGGGAUAAAUUCAGUGAACUAGCUACAAAGUGCAUUAUUAAAAUAGUGGAAUUUGCAAAACGGUUGCCUGGUUUUACAAGUUUGACCAUUGCAGAUCAGAUCACACUACUUAAAGCCGCCUGCUUGGACAUCUUGAUCCUUAGAAUUUGCACAAGAUACACCCCAGAACAGGACACUAUGACCUUUUCAGAUGGCCUUACACUGAACCGAACACAGAUGCACAACGCUGGAUUCGGUCCUCUGACUGAUCUUGUAUUCACGUUUGCCAAUCAGCUCCUGCCCUUAGAAAUGGAUGACACGGAAACAGGCCUGCUUAGUGCCAUCUGCUUAAUCUGUGGAGAUCGUCAGGACCUUGAAGAACCAGUGAAAGUGGAUGAGCUACAAGAGCCAUUACUGGAGGCUCUCAAAAUAUACAUACGAAAGAGAAGACCCAACAAGCCUCAUAUGUUUCCAAAGAUACUAAUGAAAAUCACAGAUCUACGUAGUAUCAGUGCAAAAGGUGCUGAACGUGUUAUUACAUUGAAAAUGGAAAUCCCUGGAUCAAUGCCUCCUCUUAUCCAAGAAAUGUUGGAGAACUCAGAGGGACAUGAACCACUGACACCAAGCUCAACUGGGACCACAGCGGAGCACAGUCCUAGCAUCUCCCCAAGCUCAGUGGAUAACAGCAGUGUCAGUCAAUCCCCACUAGUGCAAUAAGACAUUUCCUGAAUACAUUCCUAACACUUUAUGUACAGGGAUGACAUGCAACAACAACAUUUUUACUGCUGCUUAGUUUCUGGACAUACACAAACACUAAAAUCCAGCAAGGACCAAGAGAUUUUCAUAUGAAUCCAUAUAUAUGUACACGUGCGCACACAGACGCCUUGUAGCUUAACUAGAAAAGACAAACUUUGGAAAUGCUAAAUCAAGCUAUUUCAUGAAAAAAUACUAGUUAAGCUUCAGUUGUUUCUUCUGAACAUCCAAGAUUGCAAGGUGAUAAGAGUGAGCUCUUAAGCCAGAGGUUAAAAUUAUGGUCAUACCAUUUCUGAUAACUUUGUACAUACAGCUAUAUGGGUCUGUACUUUCUAUACUGGAUGUUUGGUGCUUUCCUUUUUCCCUUGCGCAUACAAGAUGUUCAAGACAACAUACUUAGAAGAUGGACUGACUCACACAUCCUGGUGCAUAAGCUCUAAAAGAAACAUUCUAAUUUAGUUAGGAUGAAAACUCAUCAUUGCUGUUUUUAUGCCCUCAGUUUGUAUUUCUUUCUCAGUAAAAACAUAUAAAGAAAUUCACUGCACUAGCAGAAGGAACUUCUGUAUAAGUGUAACUGCCAGAUCAGUUAUUUGGAUGUUACCUGUUCCACUGUUAAUGUCACUUUAAAUUUACAAAGGGGUGUAUUUGGUUGACUGCAUUUAAAAAUAAAUACUAAAUUUUUAUGUCAAUUAUAGCCUUCAAGGCAGAAACACUUUCCAGUGUUACCGGUUUUAUUUGCUGUUUACUUGUUCACAAGCUGUUAGGUAAAGUUCGUGGAAUAAUGACCAGGCAUACUCACUACCUCUGAAUUGGUGGCACUAGCGAACAAUACCCUGGAGGUUCUACAUGCAGCCCCCCAAAUCAUACUCUCUGGCAUCACUAGAAGACCCAAAAGCAGAGGAGAGAAUCCGCCGCUAUUGACUUGGUUAAUCACCAUAAAACAGAGUGAAAAAUGUGGUAGAGUGGUUACUUUUUUUAAAGUGUCAGUUUCUUAGGUUUCAUUUAAAAGCACUAGUGGAUUUUUUUUAUAUAUAUAUAUUCUAGCAAGUCUGUGAUGUACUUUCACUGGCUCUGUUUGUACAUUGAGAUUGUUUAACAAUGCUUUCUAUGUUCAUAUACUGUUUACCUUUUUUCCAUGAAAUCUCCUGGCAAAAGAAUAAAAUAUAUUUAUUUUAA